AUGGCCGAUGGUCUUCCCACCGAAAAUGGGCUACAACUUGAUGCCACUGAAGGCUUUGCCGACCCAUCACAAUUCGAAUCUUUGAACGGCUUUGCAAACGACCCGAACUUGAUGAUGUCGCAGAUGGGCAUGGCUACAGUGCCGAUGAUGGAUCAGCCAGUGGCCGCACCUAUCACCGCCGAAGAGAUUGCCCUGUAUGACCGCCAGAUCCGACUCUGGGGAGUACAGGCUCAGGAGAAGAUCCGAUCAGCCAACAUCCUUCUCAUUGGCUUCGGAGGACUGGGAGUAGAGAUCACGAAAAACCUAGUGCUGGCCGGCAUCGGCACACUCACGAUCCUUGAGCAUGCGCUGGUCAUGGAGGAAGACUUGGGCACAAACUUCUUCGUCAACGAGGAGCACAUCGGCCAGAAUCGUGUCGAGGCUGCUAUGCCUGAGAUCAAGAAGCUCAACCCACGAGUCAACCUCUACAACGACACCGAUAUUGUCUUCACCAAAAUGCCUGAAUACUUCCAGAGCUUCGACAUCACAAUAGCCACAGGUCUACCUCUCAACGCCGUCAGCACCAUCAAUUCCAACUGCCGAGGUUUUGGCCAGAAGUUCUAUGCUGCCGACGUGCAGGGCAUGUAUGGCUACAUCUUCGCCGAUCUGGUCAUACACCAAUUCACCCAAGAGCGCCUCCAGUCCAACGUCCCCACAAAGCCUGGCAAGAAGGAGACGUCUACUCAGACCGUCAUCAGCGUCUCCGAGAAGAUCGAGAACGGCAAGAACAUGGAAGUGGUCCUCAAGCAGGAAGAGUACUCGCCAUUCCUUCUCGCCAAUACCGCACAACUUCCCGCCGAGCUCACCAGGACCGUUGCCAAACGCAAAAAGAUCACACCCCUACUCUCAUGCCUCCGUGCACUAUUUGACUUCCAAGAUGCAAUGGGUCGUCUACCAGGUGCUACCGCCGAAGAUCUGCAGAAUUACACCAAACUAGUACACGCCAAACAUCUCGAGCUCGGUCUUCCGAACGAGACGAUGAAGGCCGAGUUUCUGAGAAGCUUCCUACAGAAUCUUGGUUCCGAGAUCAGUCCGGUCGUGGCCUAUCUUGGUGGUCGACUGGCCCAGGACGUCAUCAACGUGCUCGGUCAACGAGAACAGCCGCUCCAGAACUUCCUCCUAUUCGAUGCCGAGACUCUCACCUGCCCGGUUUACUCACUGCAACCGGUCUUCGAUGACAGUGCACUGCAGCCAGUCUUUGACAGCAUGCUCGCCGCGACUGAGAUGCAGAAUGGUGUUCUAGCCACCACCUAG